AAGAAACCAGGAAGCAAAUCAUCACAUGAUUUGAAGCGGACGAUGUCAAAGAAGAAGUAGGGGGGAUGACCUCAGCUGACAAAACUUCAUUCAAGUUGUGUGCAGUGUUUAGGACAUGACUUCACCAAGUUGGUCUGAGGGGGAGGCCGUGAGCUGCAUGUUGAAGUAUGUAGAGAGAAGACAGUGGCUGAAGACUGCAGAGGCAGCAGAGAGGGCUUACUGGGAGUAUCAAGCAAAGCGGCAGUCUAAAGAUCAGUUAGAGGAUUCUUCUGGGGUUUCCUUACCAAAAGAGAGCCCUGCUGAGGAUCUUGUCAAGGAGCAGCCUGAAGACUCCAAGGAAACCAAGGAGAUAUAUCACCAGGAGACAGAUGACAGAGUGCCUUCCAUUUUACCUGAAGGGAACAGUAGUCAGUUCACAAGUAUGAGCAGCAUUGAUUAUGAUGAAAAAGAUGACAGAAAAGAUCCAAAAGGAGAUGCUGAAGAAAACUCGAUCAGAGACAAAGAGAGCUGUCAUUUGUCCUCAGUUGAUGGCUCAUUUAUAGAAGAAGAAGCUUUACAACCUGUUGAGAUUUUUGAUAAGUCUUCAUCUGUAAUUGAAAGUGGUGUCCUAAGUACUGUAGAGCAGUGUAUUGACAAUAGUGAUAGAACAGAAGACAGCAGAUGUGUGCAGGGGGAUUCUACACAGCAUCUGACUGUGGCCAGAAGUGAUGUGAUAACACCAAAUGAAAGCAAUCACCUGUUUAAUGGUCAGUCAGUCAGUGAGGGCGAGCCACGUCAGGUUGACACUGGUCAAAGCAUGUUACAUGUACCACCAACCAACGAGGACAUGACUUCUUCUGGGGACUGUGGGAUCACUUCAUCAGAGAAUGGCCCUUCUGUUGAGUUUGCAAGUCUUGAAGCAGGGUGUAUUCACAAAGUGGAGGGCUCUCCACCAGAAGGCAGCACUGUCUCCUCAGAGGGACAGAUUCUAAGCUCUUCCCAGGCUGAGGAGGGAAAACUAGUAGAAAAUAGAGACACUGAGAAAUCUGACAAAGCUACUCAAACAAAAUUAGAGCUGAAACAUUCUUCAGAAGAAAACUGCACUCAGACAAACAUUGUGUAUGAAGAGUGUUGUAAGUGUGGAGUAUUUGCUCUACCUGUAGAUGUACAGGUUGGGAACAAGUUAAGAGAGGAAAUAAGCCAAAGGAUGACCCUGGAAAACCUGGUAAAGAUAAUAGAGAGGGAGGUGGUUGGUCUGAGGCAGGAGGUCAUGGUGCAGACGGGGAAGGCAGCUAAACUGGAAAACACUAUUUUUGAUUUGAAGGCUGAAAUAAGAAGUGAGCAGCAGAUAAGUGCCAAAUAUAAGAUGAAAAGCGAAGAGAUUGAGGAAAGUCUGGAGGGAAGCAGAAAUAUGAUCCUUAAGCUAGAGGAUCAGCUUGCAAAGACAAACUAUUUUAAGAGUGGUGUUGAUUACAUGUUAGAAGCCAAGUUAUCAGAAAGCAAAGCAGCAGAGGCACAGACCAAAGUAGAAAUCCUGCAAGAGGAACUCUUACAAGCAAAGCAGGAAACUCACAGAUUGUUAGAGAGACUUUCAGAGGCCAAUAGAGAAAGGAAAGAGAUGGUGUCUGGGUCAGUUCAUAUGGAGCUGCUGAGAAUUGCUGAUGAGAGAACCAAAGAGGCAGAGUUUAAAGUCUUACAGUUGGAAAAUGAGUUACGAACUCUGAAAUCACAAAGACAAAAUGGACAAGAUUCCUUUGAUCCCCAUGAAAAUUCACACACCCUGGCUUAUUCAACACGUUCAUUUCAUGCCACUGAUGUAUUGAAAGGUCAUCCAUUUAAGCCUCCAGGAAGUGCCUUUGGCACCAAAGAUCAAAGAGAAAAUUUGGCCAAAAGGGCAACAAAUAAACCAGUAAAAAACACUAAAACUCUGCCACAGCCUGCAGCUAGCCAGGGCAGUGGAGCGCAGCUAGAGCUACCCGAGGUGGGGUCGUUUGGACCCAAGUCCAAUACUGGGUCUUCCCAAGUGCCAAGUAUAGUCGUCUCAUUUGAUAAACCUUUGAUGGUGGGGACAGAUAGUGACAGCAGUGACUGGAGUGACAGUGACAGCGUGUCCACCUCACCCUCUAAAGCAAGACUCUUCUUUCAAAGACAGGACCAGAAGGACCAAAAGGAUCACCCAGUUGCAGCUCAGCCAAAAAUAAUCAAACCUGUGAUUUCAAAGCCCAAACCUCCAUUACCUCAGAAGCCUAGGAUAGCUCCAAAGCCACGGCUCAGACAAAUGGAAAACACCAACACUCUGGAAAAAACAGUGUCCUUUGAGAGCACCUCUGAGAGCACCUCUGAGAGCAUGGAACAGGAAGAGAAAGGGGCCUCAUUUGAGAACACCUUUGACAGCACAGAACAGGAAGAGAAAGGCGUCUCAUUUGAAGAGACCGUACAUUCCAGUCCCUUGGGUAAAUUCUCUAGAACAAAAGGACCUGAAGGCAGAAGGAGACCACAGAGGUUGUCCCAUAUGUAGAGACAUCUGUGACUUGUA